UUAGAGAUCGUUUUUAGUGAAAAUACGUGUUAUAAAAAUUUUGACGCUGAUGGCUGAUAUUAAGAUUACAAAACUACCACAUGAGGUCAUGACAAAUUUUGGUGCGUAGAUAUCAUGUCUUGUCAAUCAAUGUUGAUUCUCUUUUUUGUAAUAAACCUUGUAUCUUGUCAAGUGUGGUUAACUCCAACGAAACGUUCAGUUUUUGGUGUAGAAAAAAGUGAAUUAACCGUAAAAUGGAAGUUUGACCCUAAAGGAAAAAACUUGUUCUAUGCAAGUUGGCAACGAGCUGACGAAACAUUUCAGCCAUUUUUUAGUUUAGUUACCGUUAAUAAAGAAAAUAAGAUUACUUCCUAUUCUCCCAACGAAGUGGAUUCUUCCAUGUUAGGAGAAAUUAAAUUUAAAAGUUUGGACAAAACAAAAGACAAAAGGGUGGUGGUUUCCAUAGAAUUUGAAGAUACAUCAACACCUCUUACAGACCAGCUGACAAUUGAAUAUGUUGAUUAUCCGCCAUUCUUCAGUACGAAACUUCCUCAAGAGAAACUAACAAUAACUGAGAAUUCAGCAGAAAGUAAAAACAAAGAAUUUACAGUUAUUGCCAAAGGUAAACCAAAACCAAUAAUCAUAUGGAAGUUAAAUGGAAGCAAAGUGACUUCACUUGAAGGUUUCGUUACUAACGAUACCGAAACUAAAGAAGACUUAAAUUUUGUGAUAACAAGUAAAUUAUCUAUUGUGCAGUUGUUUGCCCACCAUAAUGGUAAACUUGAAGCUUUGGUCAAAUAUGGAGAUGAGAAUCAAGAAAGUCCUGAAGAAAUCACAGAAAUGGAUUUAAAUAUUGAAUAUCCUCCAAAAAAUAUAACAUUCGUUUCAAACAUCACUGAUAAUCUUAUCAUCAAUGAAGGUUAUGUUGGGCUAACAUGUUCCGCGUUGGCCAACCCUCCAGCUCUGUAUACAAUGAAAGAGUAUACAGAAGUGUUAUAUAGUGGACCAAGUAAGACAUACACAACAUACUUGGAUAAUAUCUAUCAUUCCAAUAUCGCUGUAUUUCGUUGUGAAGCAAAUAAUACCCUGGGUUCACAGACUAGUAGGAGUAUCGAAAUGAGGAUAAUAAAUGGAACACUAUCUGGUCGACAAUCUGAUGAUGAAGAUUCGAAUUGGUGGAAAUAUUACGUAGUGGGUGUGGCCAUAGCUGGAGUGGUGUUUAUUGGUGUGUCUGCUACAAUCAUUGUCAUAAGAAGCCGCAUGCGUAGUAUGAACAUUAGAUCGGAAGUCACACGUGUUACGCAGAAGAGCUCCCGCAAUAAUGACGAAUACCAAAGACAUGCAUUGCGGAAUAACGCACCAAAUCAUGCGUAUAAUUUGAAUGUAAGAGGAGCGCCAGAUGGCGUCACCAAGACUCAACAUGAUGUAAAUGGGGUAGAAAAUGAUGGCUUCGAAUUAUUAUAAAUUAAAUAUUUAAACCAGCAGUUAGCUAAUUUAGAAGCACAUUUUUUAGAAAGACAAUUACACAGGACAUAUAUACUAACAUUUGAAAAUUUAAAUUUGUUUAACAUACACUCUAAGUUUAGUUUAUCUAAGACCUGUUUGAAAUUAUUAUGCACCAGAAAUCUUUUUUUGAAUCAAUUGCUGAAGUCGUUAUGCAUUUCGUUCUGCAUGAUUGCUUUAGUAGAACAUCUCCAAAAUGAUAGAAAAACUGUUCUAGCAUACCAGGCCCACGACUUCUCUUGAUUGUCAAUUUUUUACUUUUUGUUUCACUUAAAUGUUUUCGCUUGUCUUUUUUUACCCUUAUAUUGGCGUUGCCAAAGUAAAGGGAGAAAAAUAGUUUUAAAUUAUUUUAAGGGGAAAAUUUUUAUAUCAUAGAUAGUAAAAAGUUUAAUAAUAUUCUCAAGAUGGAGUUCUUGUCGUACCAGUUUAAGUGUUCUUUGUAUAUAUUAAUAAAAAUAUCUCGUUUUUAUAUCAUUUUUUGUGGUUUGUAUUGGAUUUUAAUUGUUUUUUAACUUGUUCUUUUGCAAAAAUUCGUAGCUAUCUUUUCAUGCAUUUCUUUAAGUGUAAAUAAAUAUUCGCUAAAUAA